AUGGAUGAUGAUGAUGAUGAUGAUGAUGAUGAUGAUGAUGAUGAUGAUGAUGAUGAUGAUGAUGAUGAUGAUGAUGAUGAUGAUGAUGAUGAUGAUGAUGAUGAUGAUGAUGAUGAUGAUGAUGAUGAUGAUGAUGAUGAUGAUGAUGAUGAUGAUGAUGAUGAUGAUGAUGAUGAUGAUGAUGAUGAUGAUGAUGAUGAUGAUGAUGAUGAUGAUGAUGAUGAUGAUGAUGAUGAUGAUGAUGAUGAUGAUGAUGAUGAUGAUGAUGAUGAUGAUGAUGAUGAUGAUGAUGAUGAUGAUGAUGAUGAUGAUGAUGAUGAUGAUGAUGAUGAUGAUGAUGAUGAUGAUGAUGAUGAUGAUGAUGAUGAUGAUGAUGAUGAUGAUGAUGAUGAUGAUGAUGAUGAUUGA